UCAUCAACAAAGUAACAAUUUAUUCGGGUAUUGUUAAACAAGUCCUGUUUAAUACACGGUUUAAUUCUUAAAAAGAGCCGACGCUGUCUUCCGAGUUUGUUUGUUUGUUUUUUCUGAGCUGGUCCGCACCAGUCCCGUUGCAUCAUGGGAAUUUUUACUCGCAAAAUCACACCGGAAGUUGUACACUAUCUGCUUCGAGCCAGGACCUUCUCACACUGAUACACGAAUACAACCUGGAUGGAUGACAGGGCAACAUACAUGCACACAUCCCCACCCAGAACUGUAUCUGCUACUCACAAUUCAUGCAAACUACACUCUUCCUCCGAAACCAAAACAACCAUAGUACAUGUGCGCGUGCAUAUGUGUUUGAAUAGCUUUUUUUCCUCGGAAACUUUGACUGAAAUACUGCUCUAUUAGACCUACAUCUUUGGGCACGUGAGUGUUGGAGCUUCUUUUUGUAUCUAAAUGUAAACACAGGAGGAAAGAAAAGAAGAAGAAAAGAUUGUUUACAUCCUAGAUAAACAGCGGCGGCGCGCGCAACUGAGAGACGUAAAGGAAGUUGUCAUUGGUGACGUUGCGCCGUCCAAAAGCGCAAAAGUCCACCUGGUCCUAAAGUCCACGGUGUAUGUUGUUGAGAUAGAGAGAAGGAAUGGACGCCGCGGUGGAACCUGCAUGUUCAGAAGACUGCAACAAUCACGCAAAGAAACGCAAGAGAGAGGAUGACAGAGAGGAUAAGAGAGCGGAUAAGAGAGAGGAUAAGAGAGAGGAUAAGAGAGAGGAUAAGACAGCGGAUAAGAGAGAGGAUAAGAGACACAUCGCUGCUGUGAUCCUGGCCCGAGGAGGGAGUAAAGGAAUCCCCCUGAAGAACAUCAAGCCACUGGCUGGAGUUCCUCUCAUUUGUUGGGUGUUACGAGCUGCUUUAGACUCCAAUGUGUUUAACAGUGUCUGGGUGUCCACGGACCAUGACGAGAUCGAGAGAGUGGCAAAAAACUGGGGGAAAAAAAACUGGGGUGCAGAAAACUGGAAGGUUGAUGUACACCGAAGGAGUCCAGAAGUGUCCAAAGACACCUCGACUUCAUUGGAAACCCUGCAAGAGUUUUCCAGACUUCACCCAGAAGUGGAUGUCAUCUGUAACAUCCAGGCCACCUCACCGUGCCUUCACCCGAACCACCUGAAAGAGGCUGUGGAGAUGAUGACCAAGCAGGGCUACGACUCUGUCUUCUCCGUCGUUCGCCGACACCACUUUCGCUGGCAAGAGUUAAAAAAAGGAGAGAUCACAAGCACUAAGCCUCUGAACCUAGACCCAUCCAGGAGACCCCGUCGUCAAGACUGGGAUGGAGAACUCUGCGAAAAUGGAUCCUUUUAUUUUGCCACCAAAGAUCUUGUAACCCAAGGACUCUUGCAGGGAGGGAAGAUUGCCUACUUUGAGAUGCGACCAGAGUAUAGCGUUGAUAUUGAUGUUGACAUCGACUGGCCCGUAGCAGAACAGAGGGUUCUCAGAUUUGGUUACUUUGGCAAGAGUGAGCCGGAGAAGUUGCGCUUGCUCCUGUGCAACGUGUCCGGCUGCCUGACUGACGGGCGUGUCGGUCUAUCUGCAGCGGGAGAGGAGAUGCCACCUGUCAAUACCGCAGACCUGACUGGCAUCCGCAUGCUACAGAAAGAAGGAAUGAAGGUGAUCCUUAUAGCAUCCAGUGACAACCAAGUUAUAAGUGAAUUCCAGUUUGCAGAGAGGCUGUCAAAGGAAACAGGUUGUGAAGUGAGGUGUCUGAAAGGGAACAAGGAAGUGGAACUGGAGACACUGCUGAAAGAGAAGGAGCUCAUGUGGAAAGAGGUGGCCUACAUAGGUAAUGAUGUGCCAGAUGUGAAUUGCCUGAACCUGGCUGGUCUGAGCGCAGUGCCCUCGGACGUCCCCCUGGUGGUUCUCAAUGCGGCUAAAUACCCGUGCCAGAGAGCAGCAGGACACGGGGCUGUUAUGGAGUUCAUCGAGCACAUUCUCCUGAUGAAGGGAGCCAAGUUUCAGAAGGAGAAUAAUAACUAUUACAGAGGUGUUUUUUAAUUUGAAGAAGUUUUUAAAGCAUGUGUUUUAGAACCGAACAGUUAUAGAACGUCUAUGUCCGUAAAGGAAAAAUGAAACGAAUGGAAUAAUGUGUAGUGCUGCUUGGUGUAGUAUGAUUAUAAUGAUGUUCAUAUGUUAAGGCUCUUGUACUGCAUUCAUAUGUUAAGGCUCUUGUACUGCAUUCAUAUGUUAAGGCUCUUGUACUGCAUUCAUAUGUUAAGGCUCUUGUACUUAAUUCGGUGUUAAGAGUGUAAUUAAUCAGUUACAGGUCAUUUGCAGUGUGUGAAUCCUUCCUUAAACUCCAGCAUACACCAGAGGGCGACACUGCACAUAACAUGAUAGGAUGGAUUUGAAAUUGUGAUCGCUUUUGUUCAGGCAUGAGCUGCUUUUGAGAUUACAGUGCAUAACUUUAUCAUUAGGUCAAGUUCAAUUUGGUAUUAACAUUAACAUCGGCAGCAAGAUUCUCAUGAACUUCCAGGCUUAUUCUAAAGGUCAUGUUUUCACAAUAUUCUAUUCUUCUCUGCACAUGCACAUGUUAUGGAGUAGUGGACAAUUAAAGACUGAACUGUUGUAUGUUU